GUCGGUGCGUGAUCGAGGUUCUGCCCCCUCUGCCCACUCGGGGCCUGGGCCCGGCCGAUGUCCCCGCGCUGACCGAGCGCGUCCGUGGGGCCAUGCUCCGAGCCUUCGACGCACUGACCGCUGAGCUCAGACCCACGGAACCCCACGGGGACACAUGGGGACCCACAGAGACCCACGGAGACCCACGGGGACCCACAGAGCCCCACGGAGACCCACAGGGACCCACGGAUCCCCACGGGGGCCCAUGGGGAGCCACAGAACCCCACGGAGAGCCCUGGGGGUCCUCGGAGCCCCACAGCGACCCACGGCACCCCACAGACCCCUAUGGAGACCCACGGCACCCCAUAGCACCCCACGGUGACCCACGGCACCCCACCGACCCCUAUGGAGACCCACGGCACCCCACAACCCCCCAGGGUGACCCACAGCACCCCACAACGCCCCACGGUGACCCACAGCACCCCAUGGAGCCCCACAGCGACCCACGGCACCCCACGACCCCCCAGGGUGACCCACGGCGACCUACAGACCCCCACGGUGACCCACGGCGACCCACAGACCCUCAUGGUGACCCCCGGGGACCCACAGACCCCCACGGUGACCCCCGGGGACCCUCGGAGCCCCACAGAGCCCCACAGUGA